GGAUAUGUUCCCUCUAGCGCGACGCGCGUGAUCGUGACGCGCCACCGCUGCGGCCGCUCAAGGCUUACCUUCAAUCAUGCAUCAAUGCAUCAUGGCCAGCUGCCUGCUUCUCUCCCUCAUCGGCUGUGCUUCCCUCGAUACACGCAGGCGAUACAUGUACCCCACCUCACCUGAGGUGUAGAGCCAACAGUCGCCAGUUCACCGACCAUGUCUUCGCCUCGCCCUCCAAACGUAAGGCUCGCACGCGCGAGGGAGAUCCUCAAGGCCGCCAACUGCAAUCUGUCCCCCGAGCACAGGGAGAUCGUUGCCCGCGCAGGAGCCGCGUUCAACCGCGGCGGCCAGUUCGGGGACUCGGUCAUGAUGCAGAUGCGAAUGAUUGUGUGCAAUACAUUCGAGAGGCCGGAGGACGGGAGGACGCAUGCGCGAGUCGUGUUUGAGGGGACCGUAUUGCAAGAGAUGUGCAAUGCACAUAAUAUGAUGCAUGGAGGUUGCGCAGCGUUUCUCGUCGACGCCUGCACAUCGGCCACGCUGGUAGUUCAAGCUCUGGUCGCUGGAGGUGCCUUCGACCUCGUCUCACAAUCCCUCAACACGACGUUUCACGCGGGAGCGAAAUUAGGGGACAAGUUGAACGUUGUAUGCAUCACCGUGUCCUCCGGUAAACGUGCGGUAUCUGUGCGCGCUGAGAUAUGGAAUACCACAGCGCGGCGUCUCGUCGCAACUGGAAGUCAGGUGAAGAUGGCCCCAAGCAGGUCCGAUGUCAAGCUUUAGAUCCUGUAGCUCUUGUACGGUUAUAUUUGCAUUCUUCGUCUAUCCAGAGGCUGUAUUUAUAUCAUCAAUGACUCACAGUGUACCA